ACUUGUGCAAUAGAUAAUAUCUCUAAGAAUUUAAAAGAUGGAAUGUACUUAACUUUGCUAAGGCCAAUUGUCCUGUACGGAACAGAAACAUGGCCUCUGAGAAAGACUGAAGAACGAAGAAUUACAGUAUUUGAGAGAAAAGUACUCAGGAAAAUGUAUGGAGCAUACUUUGAUGUUCUCGCAAAUGAAUGGAGGAAAUUACACAAUGAAGAACUGCAAUCCCUUUUUCAACGACCGGAUAUACUGAAAGAGAUAAAAAAAAAAAGAAGGCUAGUUUGGGCUGGACACGCCUGGAGGAAACAUGACUCAUUAAUAAGAAGAGUAANUACUCAGGAAAAUUUAUGGGGCAUACUUUGAUGUUCUCACAAAUGAAUGGAGGAAAUUACACAAUGAAGAACUGCAAUCCCUUUUUCAACGACCGGAUAUACUGAAAGAGAUAAAAAAAAAAGAAGGCUAGUUUGGGCUGGACAUGCCUGGAGGAAACAUGACUCAUUAAUAAAAAGAGUAAUGGAGGAAAACCCAGUAGGGAGGAGACCUCUUGGAAGACCACGUCUAAGAUGGGAGGAUUGCGUUAGGAGAGACACUGAAACAGUGGAGCCGGAGUGUCAUUGGCAGGAAGUAGCAGAAGAUAGGGAUAGGUGGCAGUGUGUUUAUCUAGAGGUAUGGUCUUGAAUGGCCGAAACCAAGAAAGAAGNGACACUGAAACAGUGGAGCCGGAGUGUCAUUGGCAGGAAGUAGCAGAGGAUAGGGAUUGGUGGUAGUAUGUUUAUCUAGAGGUAUGGUCUUGAAUGGCCGAAACCAAGAAAGAAGAAGAAGAAGAUGGUCUUUUAUUUUCUAAAAUUCGUUGAAGUUUUUACAAGCAUAAAUAUCAUUGAGGUUUAUAUUAUAUUUUAAUAAGUAAUUUGAGCAAAUAAAAUGACAAGGAUUUUCUUUUCUAUAAGUUCAUAUCAUAUAAUAAUAUUAUCAUAAUUUGUGGACUGUGGUUACUACUCAUAAACUUCAAUAAUAUUCACAUUUGAAAAAAAUUAAAAAAAAUAAAAGACCAUACCUAAAUAAGUUAGUUUCUCAACCACUAACAAAUUAACAUUUUUUAAAAUGAAAAUUUUACUAAAAUUUAAAAAUUUGUAACAACUGAAACUUCAGUUAUUGUAUAUUUUCUUUUAUUGUUUUAUUUUUAGGAAACAGAUAAAAGUAUUUCAACGAAAACUAUUGAUUCUGCAAUAAAAGACAGUUCAGUGAACAGUACAAGUUUAUCUAAUAAAUCAUAUUGUUCUCCUGAUUUAUCUAAGAAUGAACAUAAAACAUCCAUUAUCGAAAAUAAUAAACAUAGCAAUUCCUCAUCGAAUACAGUAGGCAUUUUUCUUAAAUUUUUACUUUGUUGUAUAACUUUAUUAUUUAUGAUUUAUAACUUUAGGAUACUAAACAGCAAUCAUUAGAUAAACAGGAAUUUAAAAGGUUUGUAUAUUUUUCUAUUCAUACUAUUAUUACUAAAGAAAUACAGAAAUACUUUGUACUAUGGGUGAACCACUGUUGUAAAUGAGUACCUAUUAAAUAAAAAUUACGUAAGAAGCUCGAAAAAUUAAAAUGUCUAUAAAUAGCUCAAAAAUAAUUCUAAUGUUUUCCAAAUCUCAUCACGUCUAGAAAAGGAAAUAUAAGAAAUUUCAAGUUUAUAAACAUUUUAAGCUGAAUUACAAUACAAAAUUGAAAUUAAUAAAAACAUUAUUUUUGUAAAUUUUCCAGUUCUUCUCAAUUAUUAUAUUGUUGGAAAAUCAAAAAAUAUCCUUCCUAAAUUUCUAACUAGACAAAAUUCCCUUUUAGAAACUUACACUUGAUAAUUGGAGCAAAAUUUCUGAUAGAAUUUGUUUACACAGUGUACAAAAAAAAAAAAAAUUAACAUCAUUGUAAAACCAAUACAAUCCUUGCUCCGCUCAGAAUCUAAAAUGUUUAAUUUUUAGUUCAAUAUAUUAAUUUUAGAACUAUGGAACAGUUACAGCAAGAUUUAUCUACACCCAAAGAACAAGAAAUUCUACCAUUGAGAUCUGAUUCUGAGAGUCAGGAUGAUCAUGCAA